AUGACGAGUUCUGAUCCUUGUAUUUCUAAUUGCAAUCUGAUGAUUAUAAUGAUGAUGUUGUGCAUUUGGUCCGUGAUGGCUGCGGAGGAUCAAAGUCCUAAGGCUUUCAAGGUUGGAGACGAGUUCGGGUGGAGAGUUCCACUCCAGAAUGAUACAGCGGUUUACAGCCACUGGGCCAGCUCCAACCGCUUCCACAUCGGCGAUUCUCUCUCGUUUGUGUACGAAAAGGACUCGGUGAUGGAGGUUGACAAAUGGGGAUUCUACCACUGCAACGGCAGCGAUCCAAUCACAGCGUUUGACAAUGGAAACAGCACGUUCAAUCUUGAUCGUCCUGGCCUCUUCUACUUCAUCAGCGGCUCCACCCUCCACUGCACCAGCGGGCAGCGUCUCAUCGUGGAAGUGAUGCAUAUCCACCACCACCACCACCAUGAUCAAUCAAUGCCUCCUUCCAUGUCGCCUCUCUCUGCAUCUGUAUCUGCCUCUCCCUCUGCAUCUGCAUCUGGAUCUUCCUCUGCCUCCAUCCAUGUCGCCUCUCUCUUCCCUCCCUUUGCUGCAUUGCUUCUUGCCCUAUUCUAUUGCCAACCAUAG